AUGGCCGAUGCAAUCGCCGAAGCCGCCAAUACUACCGGUGCACAGAUCGACCAGCGUACCAAGGAACAGCGUCUCGAAGAUGCUCAGCGGGCUGGCUGGUGCGCGCCUCAGCCAUUCAAGUACGGUCCUGAGGUUCCUGAGCCAGGCGCGAAUGGUACGAAUGGCGAAGAAGGCGGUACCGCUGAAGAUGCUUACAAACCUACUCCCUGGGCACACGAUGCGGAGAAGUAUGAGUGGCAGGAAGAGUACGGCGAAGUAGGCCCGAGACAUGAGGAACUGGAGAAAGAGUUGUUUCGUGGAGAGUACAUCAAUCGCGCUGGUGACAAGUUCAAGAACCUGUCCACCGUCAAGAUCAUAGUCGAAUCUGAAACUCGCGUCGAGCCAAUCAAGAGUUUCAAGAGCGCUGGUCUUCAUCCUGUCAUUGAGGAGAACAUUGCGCUUUGUACUUAUGAGUACCCAACUCCAAUUCAGGCUUACACUAUCCCUGCCGUCCUGGAGGGUCAUGACAUGAUCGGUGUUGCGCAGACUGGAUCUGGCAAGACUGCUGCUUUCCUCAUCCCAUGCAUCUCCAAGUUGAUGGGCAAGGUCAAGAAGCUUGCGGCACCUCGUCCAAACAUUGCAGCAGGAUUUGAUGCUACUCGCGAAGGUGUGCGUGCGGAGCCAUUGAUCCUCGUUGUUGCCCCAACCCGCGAGCUCUGUUGCCAGAUCUUUGAUGAAGCACGUCGUCUCUGUUACCGUUCGAUGCUACGCCCAUGUGUGGCAUAUGGCGGCGCGCCUCUGAGAGAUCAGAUGAAUCAACUCGCUCGUGGCUGUGACCUCCUCGUCGCUACACCUGGUCGGUUGCUCGAUUUCAUGGGCCGUCCCAAUGUUCUCUCUCUGGCACGCAUCAGAUACACCAUCAUCGACGAAGCUGAUGAGAUGUUGCAUGAUGACUGGGAGCAAGAGAUGACGAAAAUCAUGUCUGGUGGUGAUGCAAACACCGACGGCGAUCAUCGUUACCUUCUUUUCUCUGCCACGUUCCCCAAGCGUCUGCAGAAACUGGCCGCGAAGUUCCUUGCAAAUGACCAUAUCCACGUCAGCAUCGGUCGCACUGGCUCUGUCCAUAUCAACGUCAAGCAGAACAUCAUGUGGACCGACAAGGAUAAGAAGAAGGAAGCUCUCUACGACCUGCUCAUCUCAAUGCCGCCAUCUCGCACCCUUGUCUUCGUUCGAUCCAAGAAGACUGCCGACUUUGUUGACGACUACCUCUUCAAUAUGGGUCUGCCGUCCACCUCCAUCCACUCUGAUCGUACUCAGUUCGAACGCGAAGAUGCACUGCGAGCUUUCAAGGCUGGAAAGUCUCCAAUUCUCGUUGCUACCGGAGUCUCUGGCCGUGGUCUCGAUGUCCGCAACGUGAUGCAUGUCAUCAACUUCGACCUCCCGCAAGCUGAGCAUGAUGGUCGCAAUGAAUAUGUUCAUCGGAUCGGCCGUACCGCACGCAUCGGCAAUGAAGGCCUCGCCACCUCUUUCUACAACGAGUAUGACGAAGCCUUGGGACCUUUCCUCACCAAGGUCCUUCUUGAAUGUGGCCAGGAAGUUCCAGACUUCUUGCAGCAGUUCAAGCCCGAAGGUGGUGUCCUCAACUUCGAGGAAGAGGAAGAACCGGAUAUGGACGAUGAACCAGCAGGAAAUGAGGCUGAAGGCGACGCCUGGGAUGCUGGUGAUGAGGGCACUGGUAACGGCGACGCAGACAAGGUCCAAGAUUCUGGCGAAGGCAAUUUUGCUGCAAAUGCCUCGACCGACGCCUGGGGCCCUGGCAACGACACCGCUGUCGCUGCGUCGGCCAACUGGUAG